AUGCCAAGUUCAAUACAGGCGGUACAUAUGAUUUUGGUUGUUGGUGAAUUGACUAUAGGGAUUUGGGGAAAUGGAUUCAUUGCACUAGUUAACUGCAUUGGCUGACUCAAGAGAAGAGAUGUCUCCUUGACUGGCAUCAUCCUGACCAGCUAGGUCAUCUGCAGAAUUUGCUUAUGAUGUGUAAUAUCAUUCAAUGACUUCGUCAUGCUGCUCUCUCCAGGUACACAUGACAAUGGUGACCAAGCAAGCAUUUUGGAUGUUGUCUGGACACUUGCCAAUAAUUUAAGUGUCUGUUUUACAUCUUGCCUCAGCAUCUUCUACUUACUCAAUAUAGCUAAUAUAGUCCAUCCAUUUUUCUUCCAGUUGAAGCUAAAAAUCACCAGAGUCAUCUUUGGGAUCCUUCUGAGGUCUUUUCUCAACUCCUUAAUUGUUAGCAUUUCAAUGAAUAAUGAUAUGUGGCAUCACUUCUUCAAGGCCAGCCAUGAAGAAAACAUUACUUGGCAAUUCAAAGUGAGUAAAAUCCCAAAUACUUUCAAAUAGAUGCCUCUGAACCUGGGAGGUAUUGUUCCCUUUAUUCUUUGCCUGAUCUCAUUUUUCUUGUUGCUUUUCUUCCUAUUUAGACACACUAAGCAGAUGAAACUUCGUGCCACAGAGUGCAGAGACCCCAGCAGAGAAGCCCAAAGGGCCAUGAAGGCAGUGAUCAUCUUUCUGCUCCUCCUCAUUGUGUACCAUGCAGUCUUUCUGGUAAUAACCUCUAGCUUUCUGAUUCCUCAGGGAAAACUAGCGGUGAUAAUUGGUGGCAUAGUAACUGUCAUUUUCCCAUCAAGUCAUUACAUCCUGAUCAUGGGAAACAACAAGCUGAGAGAAGCUUUUCUGAAGGUGUUAAGAGUUGUGUAGAAUUUCUGCAAAGAAAGGAAGCCCUUUGUUCCAUAG